AUGCAAAGACCAAUACAGCGUGGACGACCACGCAAGUAUGCGAUGGCUAAGGAUAAAGCGGCAGCAGAUUAUGAACGCCAGCGGAACAAAAGGCAGAAGGCAGCGGCCGGAGAUGGAGGGUUACCCUAUAGCAAUUUUCACAACUUCCACUAUCCCGUCCAGCAGUUAGAUAACUUACAGAGGAGUACAUUCGCACAACUGCAAGAACAAGACAUUAGCAACUUUCUGCCUCCACCUAGUCCCCCACUACAACCCAUCACUGAGGGAGUAUUCGCUGAUCAUGAUGAGCCUCUCAUAUCAACAUCGAUUAUGUCCUCACCGUCCCUACUCGCAAUAGAUCCUCAGGUACCCGGAGAUAUCAACGAACGAAGCAUACCCAGUACCGGAUCUGCCCCUUAUACGGAAGAUGCGGUAGCUGUUCCAAAUCAUCGGGAUCCUGACCCGGUUCUGGAUAUUGUCUCUGAUACAACCCCGGGAACCUCUCCACAAGUGGGCGACGGCGAGCCAAGUCCAAUUGAGCAUCUCGCACAAGAGCUAGCAGAACAGCUUAUUAAAUUCCAUGGAUGCUGCAACGAGUGCCACCAGGCAGCACGAAGUCACCAUAUGGAAGAUCCCAACUACCAUAUUGCCCUCGCUGAAUACCUAGAAUUUACACCUGAGUUAGGUCCGGAUAUUCUUGGUAGCGACACAAUUGCGCGCCAGAAAGAUGACUUGGCGGGAAAACUAAGCCCCGAAUCCAGAAGACAGGUCUUUUGUGGUAUUGACUCUAGAGAAAAGGUCCCAUAUGUCUAUUUGGGUGAGGAUGAGAGAGUUACCGACAAUGCUGGAAUCACUUUUGAUAUAGACAGCGUCGUGGCCUUUCCAUCUAAUCUUGCCGUCGCUAAGCAAGGAAUCCAUUGGUCGCCUACUCAGAUGGCUGUAUCUGAUCUUCAGUCCGAUCUCCAUCUUCGGUCAAUCCCAGUUACAUAUACUGAUAUGAAUGGGAAACUGCAUCAAGUCCACCGGCCCGUACACCACAUUCCACACUACACAUUCGGUCGUCUUAUUGGGUUUGAAGAUAUAUCCCUAUAUCUACUAUUUCCAAACUUAUAUCGGGAAGAGCAAAAGUGUAGCAAGAUCAGGGAUGAAGACUUUCGGCUGUGGAUGGACGGCAUUCUUCUUCCUGCGAUAUACAAAUGCUGUAGCACAGCCCAAGUUCAGCAUUAUCCCUCAAGCUAUGACCACAGUCGAUAUAAUUCUACCGCUCGAGGAGUAGAGGGCCUUUCUCAACGUGUGCACCCGGUGGGACGCGAGCAACGACUGGUAUACUUUCUGCAGCCGGAGGCAUUGGAGGAGAUUUGGGCCCAUAUCACCACUAUUAUCCAAGAUCCGGGAUUUCAACAGUUUAAGGACGUUAUUAUUCUUCUUCAAGGCAAGAACCUAAAAGUCCUUACAAAAGAUGUUACCUGGGACAAGAUGAUGACACGAUUUCGAAAUUACUGGACCAGCGCAGUCGAGGAGAGCCACACCACAACAGAGCGAUACUUUGACAUUGGUAAAGAAACAUGCCCCCAGCAGACAUCUCAGAUUGUACCGUGGAGCCAACUGGCAGCUGGUAUCAUGGAUAGUCCAACAGAGAAACGGGCAGAAACACUGCUCUAUCGGCGAUGCUGUUUAGAAUCAUACGCCUCUCAGGCCGAGAAUAGGUCUACUGAUAAUCGAGGGAUCCAAAAGCAGGUCUUUUACCCGUUCAGUAUGCUUCGAGACACUGGAAGUUUAACCAUUGAGACUGGAAAGCGCUCUUCACGCCGAGCUGCUGGUCUUCUCUACUCUCAGUUCUACUCCAGUGUCAAGGAAGUGUUUGCAGCAGGAAACGUAUACCCGUUUACAAAUACAGCGAUAGAGACCCUCGCUCUUGACAAGAAGCUAAGAAAAACGUGGGAACUCGUUGGAGGCGGUCUCAGUAACCAGCCGGCUGCAUUGAUCAAGGCAUACCUGUACACAAAGCUUCGAUGCCACUAUGCCCUGUUGGGAUCUAUGCAGAAAUCCUUUGGCAUUAGAGAAGAGCAUCGUGUUUCUAAGGAACUUUUCGACGCUAUCGACAACCGGAUGAGAUUCCGAGAGCUUCACAACCAGCGACUCAUCGUACCCACAGACGAUAAUUCGCCAUACUAUAGCUUCACGACCGAUACCUUACUUCGAUAG